AUUGGAGCAAUAAAGUAAAUUUGUGUGUUGAUGCUAAUCUCAGCCAACAUGCGAUAACUUCUCCUCUUACAGCCGGAGUUUGUAUGGCUGGCUGCCCUGGGAACUUCUUCUAUUAUUAAUGUUCUCUACGAUAAGUGAAUGGGUUGGCGGGUCUGAUGGUCUGGAUGUACCGUAUUGAUGUAUUGAUUCGAUCGACAACGCUUGAUUCUAUCGCUUGAUUCGCUUCUAGGCAGGAAAGUCCCUGGCUUUUAGAUCCCCGAGCCCCAGCAAAUGCUAGCGGAGGCUCUCACGUCAACCAUUUUGUUUGAUUUCGACAGAAUCCAACCACAUCUCCCUAAUCAAAAGAAAAUAUACUCUUCGCACAAAUUGAUAAUAAUUUGAAUUGCUACAUAUACAUGUACUUCCAUUGAUGCACUUACAAAUUUGGCAUAAAUUUAACACCUCAGCUCCAAGUUAACCUUUUACUUUCCUCAGAGUAACUCAAUUACCUCGAAUCGCAUCAUAAAUCAAACCGAGCUUCAUUUUAUACCAAGAUGCCUUCUAAAGGAGGGAAAGGCAAUUUAAAGCGAGAUAGAGUGCGAAAUGAGUUCCUUGCUAAUGAUGAUCAAGGCCUGGAAGACUAAUGUAUUGGUUCAUCAUAGGCAGGAACGAUCGAAGAGAGCGAGUCGUACAAAAAACCACGUCGAUCCGAAAGACUCUCACAACCAGGUCACACCCCAAUCUCGAAUAAACAGCACCUCCCUUCGCCAGUUACACAUCUAGAAUCUUCUUCCUCAAUCAAUAGUUUGAGGGAGGGUACUGCAACUCCUCCAGAGGGUCGACCGAGUCAGAUUCGGCAUAGAACUCCAGAACCAACUGAGAAUCUCGGUCCAAAGGCGCAAAUUUUCUCACCUCCCAUCGCCAAGUCUCAAGCAAAGACUCAAGAAUUCACUCAAACUCAAGAACUGAGUCAAUUGUCAGCAGAAGAUGAGGAAGAAGAAGGUGUUUGGGGAUACUUGAUGCCUCUCAAUCACAAAUACGGAAAUCUCCUUGUUUUACGGAGGAGAAAUGCUUGUCCGUUACCAGAUAAGAACAGUGAUUUUGGGAACCCUGGUAAAGACAAAGAUUUAAAUAAGGAAGAAGAUGCUUAUGAAGCCACUAAGUUUAAGGGAAUCGCUUCGGGCGGAUACUUGAUCGGACGGCAUCCGGAGUGUGGUAAGUAUAAUUCAGACAAUCAGACGAAAGAGUGAUAUUGAUAAUUUUUCUAGAUCUCGUCAUUGAUGAUAUCAGGGUCUCAAAUAGGCAUUGUCUCAUGUUCACCGAGAAUCAAGCAGGUCUGAAUGUUGCCGUCAUUGAGGAUUUGUCAAGUAAUGGCACUUUUGUCAACGAGUGUGUUAUUGGACGAAACAAGCGUCGGCAACUCGAAGAUGGAGAUGGGAUACAAAUAUUGAAUGAUGCCAGGUUUGUCUUUCGAUACCCGAAGCUGCGAGAGACCAGCAAAUUCUUGCAAAAAUACACAGUUCUAGAAAAGCUCGGGUCAGGCCAUUAUGCAACGGUUUAUUUAUGCGUGGAAAAGUGUACGGGUCAACGUUUCGCGGUCAAAAUAUUUACAAGAAAACAUGGGGCAGGGGAAAAGCAAAGGAUCGAAGGUUUACAACAAGAAAUCGCAAUACUUAUGGGUGUUAGCCAUCCGAACAUGCUGUGCUUGAAGGACACCUUCGAUGAGCCCGAUGCAACCUACCUCGUUUUGGAGCUUGCAGCGGAAGGAGAACUAUUCAAUUGGAUUGUUAAGAAGGGCAAACUUACAGAACAAGAAACAAGAAAGGUCUUCGUUCAAUUGUUUGAAGGCUUAAAGUACUUGGUGAGUACUUUUUCUUGCAACAAACCAUUUAUUGAUCCUGGUAACUCAUCAAAAAUAGCAUGAACGUGGUAUCGUACAUCGAGAUAUCAAGCCCGAGAACAUCUUAAUGACCGAUGAAGAUCUGCAUGUAAAACUUGCAGAUUUCGGUCUGUCAAAGAUUAUUGGAGAGGCUUCUUUUACGACUACGCUCUGCGGCACUCCAAGCUACGUGGCUCCGGAGAUUCUUCAAGACAACAACUGCCGACGAUACACACGUGCAGUUGAUAUAUGGUCAUUGGGAGUUGUUUUAUACAUAUGCCUCUGUGGAUUUCCACCCUUCUCUGAUGAAUUAUAUACUCGGGACAAUCCUUAUGACCUCAAAGCACAGAUCAAGAUGGGUAGAUUUGAUUAUCCUUCUCCGUACUGGGACAAUAUUGGUGAUCCAGCACUAGAUCUUAUUGAUCAUAUGUUAACGGUUGAUCCGGAGAAGCGUUACACCGUUGAUGAGUGCUUGGCGCAUCCAUGGAUGACACAAAAGACUACUAAUUUCCACGAUAGUACGGAUGGUCUAGUCGGUGGGAUUGCAAAUCUCGAUUUUAGCAAGCGCAAGAUAGAGAGAGAGAGAACACUGCUAAGCGACAUAAACGAAGUCAAGAUUUCCAAAAUCAUCCACAUCAAUUCUGACAAAGAACCUGUCAAAGUAUAUGUCAAGAAUCCAAACGCAAAACAUUGUAUCAAUCAACCCGCCAGCCAACAAGAACCAUUGCAAAACGGACCCAAGAAUGAAGAGGCACCGGCAGCUAAACGAGAUCCAAACGAGUUCAUUGAGAUGGGCGGUAAGGGUGACCAAACUCUGUUUGACAAUGAUGGGGAGAGCAUCUAUCCAGAGGAUGUACUGGCAAAGCCCAAGUCCCCCGAGCUGGAGGCGCCAGCAUCCAAAACUCCCGUGUCCAAAACCCCACAGAACAAAACAACAAAACCAAACACUCCGAAAUCCAAAACGCCGAAAAAGAAGGGCAAAUGAAUGAACUGAUUAUGCUAAGCGACCUCGGCGAUGAUGGGAUUUAUUCUUUUCUGCACAGUUAUGCACUUUUAUUUUGGCUUGUUUUUCGCGUUCUUCGUCUUAUGUUUUCUCGUUCCUAUUCUUCCUUUACCUUUGCAUAUGUUUGACGUGCCAGGGUAGGAGGAAUGGGAAAUGCAGCGCACGCGGUUGAAAAAAGUCAUUGGGAUGCUCUAGAACCUGUUUUAAUAUAUGAUUAUGGGGUGGAGUAGGGUAACAUGUAAGUGGAGAUCUCCACCGGCAUUAGGGGAGGCGAGGCGAGGCGAGUAAGGAGUGGCUGAGGACUGGGGAUUGGGGACUGGGCUCGCCAUGUAUCAAAUUCAUAUGCCGAUUCUUGAUGCACUUA